AUGUCCCCAGUUGAACCGGUCUCUAACGUUUUUGACACGAUCUUGGUUUUAGACUUUGGUUCCCAGUACUCGCAUCUCAUUACCAGACGUCUGAGAGAGUACAAUGUUUACGCUGAGAUGCUUCCAUGCACUCAAAAAAUUUCGGAAUUGGGAUGGAAACCAAGCGGUGUCAUUCUGUCUGGUGGACCUUACUCCGUCUAUGCUGAAGACGCUCCACACGUCGACACUGCGGUGUUCGAUUUGAACGUCCCGAUUUUGGGUAUCUGUUACGGCAUGCAAGAACUAGCGUGGUUAAACGGGAAACAGGUUGGACGUGGUGACAAAAGAGAGUAUGGGCCUGCGACUCUAAACGUUGUCGACGCUAGUUCUCCUCUUUUCAAGGGCGUUGACCAUUCCGUCGUUUGGAUGUCGCACGGUGACAAAUUGCACGGUCUUCCAGCGGGCUACAAAGUGAUUGCCACGUCGCAAAACUCACCUUACUGUGGUAUUGUUCACGAGUCCAAGCCUAUUUGGGGUAUUCAAUUCCACCCCGAGGUGACCCACUCGACUCAGGGCAAAACUUUACUCAAGAACUUCGCCGUCGACAUCUGUCAAGCCAAGCAAAACUGGACCAUGGAAAACUUUAUAGACACCGAGAUCAAGCGUAUUCGUGAACUCGUUGGCCCUACUGCCGAAGUCAUCGGUGCCGUCUCGGGUGGUGUCGACUCUACGGUUGCUGCCAAGCUUAUGACCGAGGCCAUUGGCGACAGAUUCCACGCCAUUUUGGUCGACAACGGUGUGUUGAGACUUAACGAAGCAGAAAUUGUCAAGAAGACUCUUGGUGAAGGUUUGAAGAUCAACUUGACCGUCGUUGACGCUGCCGAUGAGUUUUUGGACAAACUUAAGGGUGUCACGGACCCGGAAAGGAAGAGAAAAAUCAUUGGUAACACUUUCAUCGAGGUUUUUGAAAAAGAAGCUGCCAAGAUUCAACCAAAAGACGGCGAAGAAAUCGAAUUUUUGCUACAGGGAACUCUUUACCCAGAUGUCAUUGAGUCGAUCUCUUUCAAGGGUCCUUCCCAAACCAUUAAAACCCACCACAACGUCGGUGGCUUGCUAGAGGACAUGAAACUGAAAUUAAUUGAGCCCUUGAGAGAGUUGUUCAAAGACGAAGUUAGAGAUCUUGGUGAACUGUUGGGAAUCUCCCACGAAUUGGUCUGGAGACAUCCUUUCCCAGGUCCGGGUAUUGCCAUUAGAGUUUUAGGGGAAGUGACCAGAGAACAAGUUGCCAUUGCAAGAAAAGCCGACCACAUCUACAUCGAGGAAAUCAGAAAAGCCGGUUUGUACAACAAGAUUUCUCAGGCCUUUGCUUGUCUUUUGCCCGUCAAAUCUGUUGGUGUCAUGGGUGAUCAAAGAACUUACGAACAAGUCAUUGCCUUGAGAGCCAUUGAGACUACAGACUUCAUGACUGCCGAUUGGUUCCCAUUCGAGCACGCUUUCUUGAAGAACGUCGCCGCUAGAAUUGUCAACGAAGUCGACGGUGUUGCCAGAGUUACUUAUGACAUCACUUCUAAACCACCUGCCACUGUGGAAUGGGAGUAA